AAAUGGGUUCUGAUUAAAUUAGGGUCGGGUUAGCCCCGGAGCCCUAACAACGUAUUUUUUCUUUCGACCCUGAAUUAUUCUCUGAUCAAACACUUGCUUAAGAGCUAGCAACCGCAGCAUAGGUCGACGGCAGACGGCGGCGCAUGGUGGACGACAGCACAAAGUAGAAUCAACGACAGCACUUGACGGCAGCGGUGGUACAGGCGGCGAAGAAGAAUCAAGGAAACCAAGUGUGAAGAGGGUGUAUGAGGAUCCACACGGUUGCAAUGAGAUCCAUGGCACAUUUUCUUACCAAAACAUGUCUACUAUUGAUAUUUUGGUCUUUGACAAGUUAAUCCAUCUGGAAAUUUCAUUUGGAAGCUAUUCUGGAAAUUUCAUUUGGAAGCUAAUGAAAGGAAGAACAUUGGUCUGAGAUAGAAAGAAGUAAGCAAGGAGGUUGGACAAAAUCAGUGUAGAUCUAGAUAUUUGGAGACCCCUUAGAUCCUAUAGAGGAGUUGGAACUACUGGAGUUGAGGAAUGAGUCAAUUGCAAGAAUCUUCUUCACUUAAACGGAAGCGACAACAAGACUUGGCCUUAGUGUCGGGAUCUAUGACAGAUGGUGAACGUGUACUGUAUAAUCUCAUACAUAGCAAGAAAGACAUGGGAAUGUGGACAGGGGACAUGAAACGAGAAACGAACCUACCCGACAGCAUAGUGAAGAAAUCCUUAAAGUUGCUUCAAUCCAAGAAUCUGAUAAAGGAGGUUGUUAACAUUCAAAACAAAGGUAGAAAACACUACAUGGCAGCGGAGUUUGAACCUUCCAAGGAAAUCACUGGUGGGGAUUGGUAUACUCAAGGGAGUCUUGAUACCUAUUUCAUAAACCUUGUAAAGGACGUGUGCUUGAAGUGCAUUUUCAGGCAGAAAGUUGCAACAUACGAUGGAAUUUUGGAGUGGAGCAGAAAGAGUGGUGUCUUCACGGUAGAAAUCACAGCACAGCAAACAGAUGAGAUUUUGCGAGCUUUGGUUUUGGAUGAUGAGAUUGAAGAAGUGAAGAGCACUGGAAUAGGGGAUUUUUCAUCUGUUCCUGUUGGCAGAAUUUGUUACAGAUGCAAACGUAAAGGUGGCAUCAGAGGGGAACAAAAACCAGGUGCCAUGGCCUCCAUUCCAUGUGGAGUUUGUCCACGAAUAAACUUCUGUACACCAGAUGGCAUUAUCUCCCCAAGAACUUGUGUCUAUUAUCAGAAAUGGUUGGACUUCUAAAGAUUCAAACAACAGUUCAUAGGUUAGAUAAGACCCUUAUAUCUUUCACUCUCAUCUUGCAGCUGUUGUCUUUGUAUUGUAAACUUAUGUAUCAAAGCUCCUGCAUUAAAGUCAAAGCCUUCAGUGAGAGUUAGAAAGUUCUUCUUAUGUAUCAAAGCUCCUUUUUGGAACACUCUUAGUCAGUAAUCCCAGUUGGAGAUCUUUCUAA